GCGAAGACUAAGAAACGGGCAGAUGACGCUGCAGCAGCAGCGGAGAAGAAGGCGGAAGAUGCAGAGCAGGCACGUCUGCUGGCACUUGAACAACAGCGCCAGCAUGACGAGGCAGCAGCAAGGGAUGCCGAUGAAGAAAGAAUACAGCGACGUGAGGAGAUAUUUACUUGAGAGCGAGCGUUACUUACCAUGGCAGCGGCAUGGCGGACUGAGGCCGAGGAUGGCAAGUUGGAGGACWGCGCCAACAAGAUAGCGCUCCUCCUCUCGCAUCUCACGGAUCUCCUGGCCACCUGCAUUACACAGCAGGCGGAGAUCCUUGGCCUCGACACCUCGCUAGCUCAUCUCCAAGACCGCCUUCAGCGGUUGGAGCAGCGACCAGUCGUCGCCGCASACGCAGGCUCUUCCAACACUACCGACCGCCUCAAUGCAUUGGAGAUGGACGUCGGUGCACUCAAGGAUGGCGUACAAUCGCAGCAGACCGCGACACAGCAAUUGCAACAGCGGAUCUGCACUACCGCCACCACUUCGAGUACAGAACCGCGCGAGACCACUCCAAAGUUCGACGGGCAGGAGAUCUUCUGCGACUCAACGAAGACAGAUCCUAUUCCAUGGUUUCGCAAGUUCGAGCUCACGUUGCAGCUGUCCAACGUCAAGGAACACAAGCAUCACGCCUACUUGUACUCUCACUCAGGGGGCGCGUGCCAGGCUUGGUUGGACAACCUUCUGUCCAAGUAUGGAGUGGUAGCAGCGGACUUGCACACCGUGAUCAGUUGGGAUGAUCUGAAGGCGGCGUGGCACAAGUGGUUCCAGGUGGAGCCACCAGAGAUCAAAGCCAUGGACAAGCUCAUGGUCUUUGAGCAAGGCACGCUGCCGAGUACGGACUGGAUCGUCGAGUACCAACGCUUGACGUCAGUCCCAGACAUCCAGAUGGGCUUCAAGGCCAUCCGCCAUUACUUCAUCUCAAGGUCAUGUCCGACAUUGAGCAAUGCCCUGACGCAUGUCGAAGACACCUUGACGAUGACGGCGGAGUUGUUCGACAAGGCUGCGCAGAUCAUUAUCACAAACAAGGAGGCCAAAAACCUUCGUUCAUCUGCGUUAGGCCCGAGCAGGGACCAGCAUCGGCCAAGAGUGGUCGUGGUCGCAGUGGCAACGCCAUUAGACCAAACCAGCGAGGCUGUGUCUGCCAGUGAAGGAGUCAGACUCGCAGCCACCCGGGAAGGUGGCCGCCCCGGCAAAGGCCGAGGACGCGGCAGGACGAAGACAUACACCGCAUCUAGCCCCGGGCCCGGUGCAGCAGCUCAGGCAGGCCCAUGGACCCAGUAUGGCAUCUCCGAUUCGUCUUCAAGUGGUUCUUUACGGGAUCCGGCGCGCGAGUUGAACAUAGAGGCAUUGGACCCGCUCACGUCUGAGGACUUUGCAUGGCUUCCUCUCCCGACCACCGGCCGAUUGCCAGGACCGCAAUGCGCAGCACUUAGCGCUAAUCUUCACACUUACCUAUCCUUCUAUGCACCACCAACUUCGCCAACGGAUGACGAAGUCGCGGUGGGGGACAGCUUGGCGUAUACUACCAAGGUGGCCCGCGAGUUUCGCACGCAGCGGUACGAUGACAACAACGCACCGCUGAUGUAUAUCCGCAUUCAGGUUCGGAGGAAGGCAAACCCGACGGCGAUCAAGUUGCCGGACGGUAAGACGCAGCAACUUCUCGACCGUUACAUCGAGGCCGUACCGGUCUACUUCGCACCUCAUGCAUGCGAACCGGCCACGUUCGAUAUUCUCGACACGGACUUCGACAUCAUUCUGGGAAUGCCUUGGCUUGCAAGUGCGGAUCACACGGUCAACUUCCAUCGGUGGACUCUUAGCGUUCGCGAUGCCUUCGGCGCGGAAGUGGCGUGUACUGUUCCUCUACCGCACUCUUCGAUCCGGUGCCAAGUGGUAACGGCCAAAUCAUUCCGGRCGACUUGUGCCUACGAGCAGCCCCAUGAGAUCGGCCUAUGUUUCCUACAGACCGUCGCGGUAGCCGACUCUUCCCCCAUGGACUUGUCUUCGGACCCCCGUGUGGUGCGGUUGCUGGACGAGUUCGCCGAUAUCUUCGAGUCACCUACCGGUGUGGUGCCGGAUUGGCCGAUCUCUCACGAGAUCAUUCUUGAGGCCGGUGAUGUGCCGCCGAAAGGUUGCUUCUAUUGGAUGAGCGAGGAGGAGCUUGAGGUACUCCGCGCACAAAAGGCAGGCCAGACGACAGAAGAAUACGACGGAACACGACAGAAGAUUGCAGCCGAAUAAGAAAGAAAAUAAAAAGGGAACCAACUG